ACAUGUGUGGGUUCUCUCCGGGUACUCCGGCUUCCUACCUUAGUCCAAAGACAUGCUUAAUAAUAAUGAAAGGUCUGUCUUGUAUUGACGUGAAUAUGUUAAAUGCACAGUAUGUACAUUCCACCACCAGGGGGCUCUCAAGUAAACCUACAACAAAAGAUGACGUAUGAUGCUGGCUGGGAAUCAUGGGAGUGAUUCUCUCUGCUCUGCUCCUGUAACGUGCAGAUGUCUCUGACCAACGCCCGAGCUGUCUCUUGGGCACAGCAAGCAGGGGUGAUUGUAGGGUCUGUUGGGGCCCAAGGCAAGGGUCAAUUCGGGGCCCCCUUCCAAUGAAUUUCCCUCUUUCUUUUUCCACCCCUGGAUGGAUAACUCAUCCUCAUUUUCCUUCAUUAGCAAACUUUGGUUUUCACAGGAAUAAUGCUGCGACGCUCAGCAGGGAAUUGAGAAUGAGUUGCUGUCAGAUGGGGCCCCCUUAGGCAGUUUUCCUACUGUUGUUGCUAAAUUUGCACAAUUUGAGGUAAUGCUGUGGUUUCAAAGUUUGUCAGCUGUUGGUGGGGCCCCUACUGGCCUGGGGCCCCCAAGCAGUUGCCUGCCUUGCCUGUUGACAAGCAGCGCCUCUGACAGCAGGCAUGAUAAAUAUGUAUGCUCCUCUGUGUGGUUUAUAAGCAUGUGUUGUUGUUGUCCUCUCUCUCUCUCUCUCUCUCUCUCUCUCUCUCUGAGAAUCCGCUGCUGUUAUGGAGAUCUGGGCCAGUGGGUCCUGCGAACCACAAGGUUAAGCGGCAACGUGAUUAUCCCCAUCAUGUGAUCUACAGACCGGCCAUGAAAGAGAGCUUUUUAUACGAGCUGUAAGAACUUCUCAGAGGUUUUUCAUGCAUUGAAAGGAUACACGGGAUCCUCUUCAGCUCGGUUUGAUCAUGACACAUUCAUCUGAAUUCUCUCCUACUCUUCAACCGUAAAAGCUGGAGCUGAAGAGGUUACGCUGCCGACGUUUCUCUCAUGGAUCAUCAAUCCUCAGGCCAACACAGUCAAACCGGCCAAGCCCCAAGCUUUCAGUGGCUUUCUUUUGCGUACCAGGGCCUGAAAGAAAUCCCCUAUGAGACUAUUCUACCACAGACUGAGAGCCUGGAGGUGCUGGACCUGAGUAACAAUCUGCUGGAGGAUCCUUAUUGGAACCCGGCUCUGCUGGGACGUCUGGAGAAGCUCACCACGCUGAUCCUGGACUGCAACAACUACACGUCACACAUCAAGUUCCCGUACAUGCCGAGCGUCACCACAGUGUGCAUCAACAAGAACAAGAUCAACAACCUGCCCGUGUUCGUGGAGGAAAUCAAACGGAAGUUCCCCAACAUAAAAAUCCUCAGUAUGAUGAACAACGAGGCAGCUCCGAGCUAUUUCAAUGGAGGAAGUUUGACCCAGUACAAAGACUACAGACAAUAUGUCAUCAGCCAGAUUCCAGGCCUCGAGAUCCUGGACGACACAGAGGUCCUGGAGAAGGAGCGAGCCCAGGCCAGAAAAACCUACAGGCUUCAGCAGAGCAGACAGAGGCGGAGACGGAGGAAGGAGGACUCAUCAAAGAAACAAACGCACACGCAGAAAAAGUCAAGUACUAUCAUAGAUGAAUAGUUUAUAGUGAAGUUUUUGAACCACCCCCCCCC